GUUUUUAAUUUUAUCAAUAAAAUGUCAUUUUCUUUUAUAAGAACUUCUUGUACAGCGAGAAAGUUGCAUAUGCGGCUAGGACAGGUUCAAUUAAGAAGAGCAAGUGGUCAUGAACCUCAGUAUAAUGAACCUGGAGGUUAUCUAUUUGGUGAAAGACCUUUACCACCAGGACAAAAACGCGUGAAAGAGGAUUGGGAGAAUAUAUGGAUUUAUGGUAUGGGCGGAAGUUUGCUAUUGGGAACCAUUAUCGCUAUUUAUAAACCUGAUACAAGUAUACAAUCAUGGGCUACAAGAGAAGCUAAAAAACGAUUAGAAGAACGUGGCGAGAAUUUAACGUAUCCAACAACAGAAAACAAUGAAAAUUCUAAAUAAUAAAUUUAUUACAACUUCAACUUUAUAUUAAGCUAAUUAUCUUAUUCCAUUACGAAUAAAAUAAUUCAUCGUAAAUUUCGAAUUUAUUUUUUCUCAUCAAAAAAA